UUACCAGCAAGUGUACAUAGGGACAAACGGAGACCGAUCGCAGCAGGCUGAGGGUGCAGUAACGACCUCCUGGACCGACCCGCCCGCGCCAUGCGCUCGCACACUGGCUUGAGGGCGCUUGUGGCGCCUGGUUGCUCGCUCCUCCUUCUAUAUCUUCUGGCGGCGACGCGCCCGGAUCGGGCUGUGGGCGAUCCCGCAGACUCAGCGUUUACAAGUCUACCUGUUCGAGAGGAAAUGAUGGCUAAGUACGCAAAUCUGUCCUUGGAGACCUAUAAUAUCUCACUGACAGAACAGACCAGAGUAUCAGAACAAAACAUAACUUUGGAAAGACCUUCUCACCUGGAACUCGAAUGCACGUUCACGGCAACUGAGGAUGUGAUGUCAAUGAAUGUGACUUGGAAGAAAGAUGACGCGCUCCUUGAGACUACUGAUGGUUUCAAUACAACUAAAAUGGGGGACACCUUAUACAGUCAAUACAGGUUCACCGUUUUUAAUAGCAAACAAAUGGGAAAAUACUCUUGUUUCCUUGGAGAAGAGCUCAGAGGAACCUUUAAUAUCAGAGUACCCAAAGUUCAUGGGAAAAACAAGCCUUUGAUCACUUACGUGGGGGAUUCUACUGUGCUGAAGUGUGAAUGUCAAAAUUGUCUUCCUUUAAAUUGGACUUGGUACAUGAGUAAUGGAACUGCACAGGUUCCCAUCGAUGUUCACGUGAAUGAUAAGUUUGAUAUAAAUGGUUCCUAUGCUAACGAAACAAAGCUCAAGGUAAAGCACCUUUUGGAGGAAGAUGGAGGAUCCUACUGGUGCCGGGCAGCCUUCCCGUUAGGGGAGAGUGAGGAACACAUUAAGCUGGUUGUGCUGAGUUUCAUGGUGCCUCUCAAGCCAUUCCUUGCCAUAAUUGCUGAAGUCAUCCUCUUAGUGGCCAUCAUCCUGCUUUGUGAAGUGUACACGCAGAAGAAAAAGAAUGACCCAGAUGAUGGGAAAGAAUUUGAACAAAUCGAACAGUUGAAAUCAGAUGAUAGCAAUGGAAUAGAAAACAAUGUCCCCCGGUACAGAAAAACGGACUCUGGGGAUCAGUGAAUCCAAAAAGAACAUUUUGCCUUGGGAAGACGUACAGCACUGGAGUUUGAAUUUCAGCAUUCAUUGGAGAACAUCCGAGUUUUAGAUUUUUCCGAAGACAAAGAUGCCCUCACUGUGCCCAGGAGUAGUUUCGUAAACAAUAUAGACCAUCUCCUACCUAAAGAUGUAUUUUCAUUGUGUAAUUGCUUUUCAUUAAAGCAAGGUACAUUGUUUCAGCUGUGUUCUGUGAGCUGUAACCUAGAUAAUAAAGUUUACCCUCUCUGGGAGAUCAGGGGGACAGGGCAGACACCAGCAAAAUCAGUUAAUAACCCACAAAGUAAAUAUUGCUAAAGAUCUGUUUAUUACCAAAGAAUUUAUUAAAGAGAAAGUGUUUGCCA